AUGGCCAGCCUCGUAUUCGAGCAUCCACAAGAAAACAGUACUGCCCACAUGACCACUAGCCCUCUAGACCCUGAGGAAUUCAGAAGGCAAGGCCACAUGGUCAUAGACUUCAUUGCAGAUUAUUACAAAACAAUUGAAAAAUACCCAGUUCUUACCCAAGUCCAACCGGGCUAUCUCAAAAAACGCUUGCCAGAAUCUGCCCCAUACGACCCUGAACCUAUUGAAACCAUCCUCCAAGACGUUCAGGACCACAUUAUCCCUGGCCUAACACAUUGGCAAAGCCCUAACCACUUUGCCUACUUCCCUGCAACUAUCAGCACCGCAGGGUUCCUCGGCGAAAUGCUCUCCACUGGUUUCAAUGUUGUGGGGUUCAAUUGGAUUGCAUCCCCAGCUGCAACUGAGCUCGAAACCAUUGUCAUGGAUUGGCUUGGAGACAUGCUCAAACUUCCCAAGUCUUUCCUUUUCUCUGGCAACGGCGGCGGUGUAUUGCAAGGCACUACUUGUGAGGCCAUUGUUUGUACCAUGGCAGCUGCCAGGGAUCAAAUGCUAAGCCAAAUUGGUAGAGAGAAUAUUGGGAAGCUAGUUGUGUAUGGAUCAGACCAAACACAUAGCACGCUUCAAAAAGCUUCUCAAAUUGUUGGGAUUCACCCAAAGAAUUUCAGGGCCAUAGAGACCAUAACAUCAACAUCAUUUGCACUAUCACCUGAGGUGCUAAAAUCGACUAUUUGUUCAGACAUAGAAGCUGGGCUUGUCCCAUUGUUUCUAUGUGCCACAGUGGGAACAACCGCAAUAACAGCCGUUGAUCCAUUGGGGCCACUCUGCGAGGUGGCAAAAGAACAUGGCAUGUGGGUUCAUGUGGACGCUGCAUAUGCUGGAAGUGCUUGCAUUUGUCCAGAGUUUCAAUACUUUAUCGAUGGCGUUGAGGGUGCAGAUUCAUUCAGUCUCAAUGCGCACAAAUGGUUCUUCACAACCCUCGACUGUUGUUGCCUCUGGGUUAAGAAUCCAAGUGCUUCGGUGAGCUCACUUUCGACGAAUCCGGAGUUUCUGAGGAACAAGGCCACGGAUUCGAAGCAAGUGGUGGACUACAAGGACUGGCAAAUAGCCUUGAGCAGGAGGUUCAGGGCCAUCAAAUUAUGGCUUGUGCUUAGAAGCUAUGGUGUGGGUAACCUUAGGAACUUUCUUAGGAGCCAUGUGAAAAUGGCCAAGAUUUUUGAAGGGCUUGUGGGGAUGGACAAAAGGUUUGAGAUUGUGGCCCCUAGGCAUUUCUCUUUGGUCUGUUUUAGGGUUUCUCCAUCAGCAAUUAGCAAGGCUAAUCCAAGCCUAAGUGAUCAUGAUAAUGUUAACGAGGUGAAUAGCAAGUUGCUGGAGGCGAUUAAUGGGUCGGGUCUGGUGUACAUGGGCCAUGCUGUGGUUGGAGGGAUGUAUGUGUUAAGUUGCGCAAUUGGAGCAAGUCUCACUGAGGAAAAGCAUAGAGCCAUGGCUUGGAAUGUGGUGCAAGAACAUGCAGAUGCCAUCCUCGCCACCAUGGAUUGA